AUGUGGGUCCCGCAGGUGCCCUGGCCACUCACUUGGGCUGUGCUGCAGUUGAGCUGGCAUGCAGGGUGGCUUCUAGAGGUCUCCAGCGGGCCCUGGAGGCCCCUCACCUUCUCCCCAGCCUGGCUCACCGUGUCAGAGGGAGCAAAUGCCACCUUCACCUGCAGUUUCUCCAACUGGUCCGAGGACCUUAUGCUAAACUGGUACCGCCUGAGCCCCAGCAACCAGACUGAAAAACAGGCUGCCUUCUGCAAAGGGUUAAGCCAGCCUGUCCGGGACAGCCGCUUCCAGAUCACACAGCUAGCCAAUGGGCAUGACUUCCACAUGAACAUCCUCGCCACGCGGCGCAAUGACAGUGGCAUCUACCUCUGUGGGGCCAUCUCCCUGCCCCCCAAGACACAAAUCAAGGAGAGCCCUGGAGCAGAGCUGGUGGUAACAGAGAGAAUCCUGGAGACCUCCACAAGAUACCCCAGCCCCUCACCCAGGCCAGCAAGCCAGUUUCAAGGCUUGGUCAUUGGUAUCAUGAGUGUCCUAGUGGGUGUCCCUGUGUUGCUGCUGCUGGCCUGGGUCCUAGCUGCCUUCUGCUCAACAGGUGUGUCAGAGGCCAGACGAGCUAGAAGAAAGGAACAGCCUCUGAAGGGGGGCCCUUCAGCAGCACCUAUCUUCAGUGUGGCCUACGAGGAGCUGGACUUCCAGGGGCGAGAGAAGACUCCAGAGCCCCCCACCCCCUGUAUACACACAGAGUAUGCCACCAUCGUCUUCUCUGAAGGGCUGGGUGCCUCAUCCUUGGGACGUAGGGGCUCAGCAGAUGGUCCUCAGGGUCCCAGGCCUCCAAGGCAUGAGGAUGGACACUGCUCUUGGCCCCUUUGA